CGACACAGUCAAACAAAAAGCAUUAAUUGAAAGCAAUUGCACAAUUUUGCCUUAUACAGAGAUAUAGUUUAGGUUAAGCUAAAGGCUUUUAUUUAUAUUAGGCGAGCCGCCGGCGUUUCGCACGGCGCAACAGUAACAAAUAAGCGCGUCGUUGGCCAUGUCCAAAAACUCUGGGCGUGACCGCGACCGAGAGCGGGAGCGUGACAGGGAUAGAGAGCGGGAGCGUGACAAGCACUAUGAGAGUCGCAGCGGGCGCGGCGACUACGACAAUGGCAAAUCUUCACGCAACGGAGGCACUCUGAGCGGCAGUUCGCGCAGCGGCCGCGAGGAGCGCAAGCGGGUCAAAGAACCGGCCAAGGAUAAUGAUCGGGGCCUGGGCCCGCGUCGCGAUGAGAAGCGACGCAAGCGUUCUAGGUCGAAGGAUUACGAAAAGGACAAACGACAGCUGGAGCGUGAGCGUGACAAGGACAAGGAUCGCGAACGUGAGCGGGAACGUGAACGCGAGCGGGAGCGCGAAAGGGACAGAGAAAGGGAGCGGCAGCGAGAACGGGAUAAGGAGCGCGAAAGGGAGCGAGAUCGUGAACGGGAACGGGAUAAGGAGCGUGAGCGUGAGCGCCUGCGCGAACUGGAUAUGCGUCGGGCCGCUGUGCCAGCUGCGCCUUUAGUUAUACCCGUUGGCUCCUCCAGUAGCUCUACGGACAAUGAGGAGGAGGAGGAAAUUGACAAAGAGGAGCAACAGCGCCGACUCGAACAGGAGAUGAUCAAGCGACGCGAACGCAUUGAGCGCUGGCGUGCCGAGCGCAAACAGCGAGAGCAGGAGGCCGGCAAGCGAGAUGUCAAGGCGCCGUUGGCGCCAACAGUGACCAAAUCGGCUAAGAAAUGGAGCCUCGAGGAUGAGUCCGAGGAGGAUGACAGCAAUCCGGCGCCAACCAUAGACACUGAUGUCGGCAAAAAGGAGCCCGAUUCGCCGCCAUCCAAAUUCCAUAGCAUACGCAAGCGUUUCGACGACGAUCUGGUCGAGUCCAAUUUUGCGCCGUUGAAGCGGCCCACCUUUAGCAAGGUUCUGGGCAUGGUACUGACAUCGCCCGUUGUAGCAGCAACAGCAACAACAACUGCAGCAGCAACCACAACAACAGCAACUGCAACAACAACUGCGACAACAACUGCGACAGCAGCAGCCAAACCGGAGCCGACGGCAGUCGAGGUCGUACAGCCAAAAGUGGAGGCAUCCAAGGUUGAACAGCCAGCUGAAGUAAAGCCAGCAGUCGAUCCGCCCAAGGAGGAGACGCCGAUGGUGACCGAGCCGGCGGCAGCAGCUGCAGCAGUUGAGGAGCCCGAGGACGAUGUCGAUCCACUGGAUGCGUACAUGCAGGAGGUCAACAGGGAGAUGCGCCGUGUCAAUCAUUUCGUUAGUCCUGCCAAGGCGCAGGGCGUGGUUAUACUGACGGGCGUGGCCAAAAAGAAGACGAACACGGUAAAGAAGGGCGAACUUAUUGAACAGAACAUGGACAGCCUGGAGUACUCUAGCGAGGAUGAGCUAGAGGAUAUACGCGACACGGCCGUCAAUCUGGCCAUGAAGCAUCGCAAAGAGCUGGCCAAGAUCGAUCAUUCCUCUGUCAGCUAUGCCCCAUUCCGUAAGAACUUCUACGUCGAGGUGCCCGAACUGGCGCGCAUGACCAACUCCGAGGUGGACAAGUAUCGCAGCGAGCUCGAGGGCGUGCAGGUCAAGGGCAAGGGCUGUCCCAAGCCGAUCAAGACGUGGGCACAGUGCGGCGUUAGCAAGAAAGAGAUGGACGUGCUGCGCAAGUUGGGCUUCGAGAAGCCAACGCCCAUACAGUGCCAGGCGAUACCGGCGAUAAUGUCUGGGCGUGAUCUGAUAGGUAUUGCUAAAACUGGCAGUGGCAAGACGUUGGCAUUCAUUUUACCAAUGUUUAGGCACAUUCUGGACCAGCCGUCGCUGGAGGAUGGCGAUGGUGCCAUUGCCAUCAUAAUGGCGCCCACUCGCGAACUCUGCAUGCAGAUUGGCAAGGAUAUACGCAAAUUUAGUCGCUCGCUGGGAUUGCGGCCGGUUUGCGUUUAUGGCGGCACCGGCAUCUCUGAACAGAUUGCCGAACUGAAACGUGGCGCCGAGAUAAUUGUCUGUACGCCCGGCCGCAUGAUCGAUAUGCUGGCAGCAAAUUCUGGACGUGUCACCAAUUUGCGUCGCGUCACCUAUGUUGUUCUGGACGAGGCGGAUCGCAUGUUCGACAUGGGCUUCGAGCCGCAGGUGAUGCGCAUUAUUGAUAAUGUCCGUCCAGAUCGACAGACAGUCAUGUUUAGCGCCACAUUUCCACGCCAAAUGGAGGCAUUGGCCCGUCGCAUACUUAAGAAGCCUGUCGAGGUGAUCGUCGGCGGACGAUCUGUUGUCUGCAAGGAUGUCGAACAGAAUGUAGUCAUACUGAGCGAUGAGGCGAAGUUCUUUAAACUGCUCGAGCUGCUCGGUGUCUAUCAGGAGACGGGCAGCAUUAUUGUCUUUGUCGAUAAGCAGGAGAAUGCGGACAUUCUGUUGCGCGAUCUAAUGAAGGCAUCCUAUCCGUGCAUGAGCCUGCACGGCGGCAUCGAUCAGUUUGAUCGCGACUCGACCAUUAUUGACUUCAAGUCCGGCAAGGUGCGUUUGCUGAUAGCCACCUCGGUGGCGGCGCGCGGCCUCGAUGUCAAGGAUCUCAUCCUGGUGGUCAACUAUGAUGUGCCCAAUCAUUACGAGGAUUAUGUGCACAGAUGCGGACGCACUGGCCGCGCUGGCAAUAAGGGCAGCGCCUAUACAUUCAUCACGCCGGAGCAGUCCCGGUAUGCGGGCGAUGUGAUACGAGCCUUGGAUCUAUCUGGGACACCUGUGCCGCCCGAUCUGCAGACCCUGUGGAACGACUAUAAGGCGGCGCAGGAGGCGGAGGGCAAGACGGUGCACACUGGCGGCGGCUUCAGUGGCAAAGGCUUCAAAUUCGAUGAGCAGGAAUUCAAUGCGGUCAAGGAGAGCAAAAAGUUGCAAAAGGCUGCGCUCGGCCUGGCCGAUUCCGAUGAUGAGGAGGACAUCGAACAGGAUAUCGAUCAGCAGAUCGAGCAAAUCUUUGCCGCCAAACGUACCGUCAAGGAUACCUCGCUGGCCGGCACAGCUCUGGCCGCGGCCAAUGCCGUUGUGAAUGCCCUCAGCGCAGUUAUCACAUCGCUUGACUGUUGCCCAGCAGCAGCAGCAGCAACAACAACAGCAGCAGCAGCAGCAGCAGCAACAACAGCAGCAACAGCAGCGGCCACUGCCGUGGCCAUGGGCUCCGACAAGCUGGAGCUGGCCAAACGUUUGGCGUCCAAGAUAAGCAGCAGCCGCAAUCUGGACACAAAGGCCACACAGGCGGCCGCCGAGUCGAUAUUGAAGGGCCAGACGGGCGUUGGUACCGCACAGCCCAUGCUGACGGCACGUACCGUGGUCGAGCAGCUGGCCGCCAAGCUGAACAACAAGCUUAAUUAUCAGCCCAAGGAGGAUGAGGAGGGGCUGGCAGCGCUGAUGGGCAGCAACAGCAAUUCGUUUACCAAAUACGAAGAGGAGCUGGAGAUUAAUGAUUUUCCGCAACAGGCACGCUGGAAGGUUACCUCCAAGGAGGCUCUGGCCCAAAUCUCCGAAUACUCGGAGGCCGGUCUAACAGUGCGUGGAACCUAUGUGCCUCAGGGCAAGAAUCCGCCCGAGGGUGAACGCAAGCUCUAUUUGGCCAUCGAGAGCUGCAGCGAACUGGCCGUGCAGAAGGCCAAGCGCGAAAUAACGCGCCUCAUCAAGGAGGAGCUGCUGAAGCUCAGCUCGGCCCAUCAUGUGUUCAACAAGGGUCGCUACAAGGUCGUCUAGAGUUCGUUGUAAAUGCCCGGGGACUCAAUUGAAUUACUAAAUACCACCAUGUCGCCAACUGCCAAGAAUCAUAUAUACACUUUAUAUAGACCAUCUAUUCUCUUGGCCACAAAAAAAAAAGAAAAGAAAAACACUCAAUGAAUUGCGGUUUAUAAACGCCUAAGUUAAUCACAAAACAAAACAAAAAUAACGUCUAAUCUAUCAUAAAACCCUUUUUUAACUUGGCGCCAAUAAAUACCAAAACAAUCUAGUUCUAUGUGAGACCGUAUUCUACCGUUGUCUUGGACGCAAUUCAUAGGAAUUCAUAUAGAAGCACUUUGUAGUUUAGGUGCAAACUGUUUGUUAUAUUAACCCUAGACAUAAAUCCGUAAGUUUCCCAUGUCAAAAACAAUUCAAAACAUUUAAAUUGCGCAUUUCGAAUUUGUGCACUAUAAAAGAUACUGAAUACCCAACGUAGACACACCACACUCAAUUUGUUUUCCUAUGUUUUUCAUUUUAAGAUCAACAUUUUUCACGAGAGUUUUUUGA